GAUUUUUCACUACCUUAUUUUGGUGUCUGCUUCCUCUCACCAGAAUUCAAGUUCCACAUUGGCAAUAGUGAUUUUUUUUACUGUACUUUUGAUUGUCAUCACUUAGAGCAGAAUUGGACACAGAGAAGGCACUCUGCAAAUAUUUGUCCAGUGAUUGAAUCUCUGUAAAAAAUGGAAGCUUAAAAACAUGCUAACUCUCCCAGAGAGAGAGGAGUAACUCACAUCUGCCCAUCCUUGUAUGAGAGCCAAGCUGACUUUGAAGUUGAGACUGCUUUCCUGUGUUUGUACUUCAGAAAAAAAGAAGACCAGGCUGAUAGUAUCUGAGAGGGAGGAAGGAAACGGGGCCUGGUGCUGGGACUUUGCAUGUAGCACAAGUCUUCUCUGUGAUAAACCAGCCUCCCAGACGGUUUCCAGAGAUGGAAUAUCUGACCUUCCUCUUGGCUAUCCUGCAUGCAUACAAAGCUGUCUGCCAAGAGAUACUCUGGGACACAACUGUUCAACUGGCUGAGAAUCUGACCCUAGAAUGUGUGUACCCAUCAGCGGACACAUUGACCCAGAUGGAGUGGUUCAAGGUCAAUGCAACAGACAGAGAGCCCAUCGCCAUCUUCAACCCUGUUCAUGGUGUUGUCAUCAGAAAGCCCUAUGCUGAUAGAGUUUUCUUUUUAAACUCAUCUUUGACUGUCCAUGACAUGACUCUGUCUUUUCAUAAUGCCUCUGAGGCCGAUGCUGGUUUCUAUUCCUGCUCCCUCCACACCUUUCCAUAUGGCCCUUGGCAAAAGGUGAUCCAGGUGGUGUCCUCAGGUAGUUUUGACAUAGCAGUGCUGUCAUAUAGGCACAUCGUCUCAGACUCUGGGAAGAAUGUCACACUCACCUGUGAGUUACCCAGAGAGUGGAGAGUAGAAGUGGUGCAGUGGGAGAAGAUCCAACCCCAUCAGAUUGACCUCUUAUCCAGCUGCAACUUGUCGCAGGGGAGAAGUUACACCUCCAAGCACCGAAGACAGAUAGAGAGCAGCUGCAGUCUGAACAUGAGAAGUAGCUUCCUGGUCAUACCCCACGUCAGCAUUACUGACUCAGGGCUCUACCGAUGUUCCUUCAAGGCCAGCACUGGAGAGAAUAAAACCUGUGUGAUGGACUUGACUAUAAGCCAUGAAGAAGGAGACGGAAGCGAUUCCUGUUUGAAGAGUCCUGGGACACAAAGACCAAGCUGUUGUCUGCUCAAGCCAAUCCAAGGCCAAAAUUAUUGCUGUGAAUUUCAGAGGUGGAAUUUCAGAAGCUUUGCAUCUUCCUACGUAAAGCACCCAAUAACAGCAGGAAUCCUACCUCUACCAAUGAAUGUCCAGAUGGUGCAAGAGAGGAUAUUUAUGUCAACUACCCAACCAUCCCUCGAAGACCAAAGACUAAAGUCUAACUUUUUCACUUGAUUUGAGCAAAUGAAUAUUUACUAUUAUCUAUAUGAAUUUUUAUACAGUUCUUCCAAACACUCGGUAUCGGUACCUUAGAAACUGGAUGACUGAGUUAAUUUUGUUUGCUAGAAGAAAGAUUGCAUUACCUAGAGAACAUUUGUAAUAGAGAAAUAUUUCAGAAAACCGGACUCUAGUUUGUGCAAACAUAAAAGGAAACUUCAUGAGUCAGUCCGGAGGACAGAGAGCUUCACACACAGAUUAUGUACCAGGGCUUAAAUGUUCUGUUUGAAAUUAAGAAUGGACAGAUGGUCACUUCUAGAUCCCUUUGUGGUGUUGGAUGUGUCACUUUCAUUCAGACUUUUGUCUUGGGUUUCCAAGAUGGCUGCCAACAACUCUUGAAUUCAUAAUCCUUACUGCUGUCUGGCAGAGAGUUUGUGUCUCAACUAGAGCAAACACAUUUGGUUAUUUAUACAUUUUCCUAAAAUAGGCCAGAAAGAAUAAAGUGGCCUAAAUCAAUUAAGGAUUCAUCCUAAGAGCUAGUAGAGGGGCUAGAGCACGUUAGUGGGAAAGUCAGGAUGUUACUAGGAGAGGUAAAGGGAAUUGGAAGCAGAGAUGAUCAAUAAGUCUUGAUAGACAAGGUGGAUUCUCCUUCCCCCUACUCCUAGAAUUUGCUAUGUCAGCAAUCUACCAUAGAAUGAAUGAAUGAAUGAUCAACAACCAGAUACACAUGACAAAGAAAUGUUUUUCUUUGCUGUUCUCUAAUAACUUAAUCCCGGAUUCUACAUAGAAUCCUUGCCGCAAUCCCUGACUUAGCCUUUUUAUUUUAUUUUGUUUUAUUUUUUUUAUUACCAGCAGGAUUAUUACUGGGGCUCUGUUCCAGCACUCAGAAUCCACUGCUCCAGGUGGCCAUUUUUACUUCUUCUCCCUCUUUGAUUGGAUAGGACAGAGAGAAAUUGAGAAAGGAUGGGGGAGAUAGAGAGGGAGAGAGAGAGAAAUAGACACCUGCAGAUCUGCUUCACCACUUGUGAAGCGGACCCCUGCAGGUGGGGAGUGGGGGCUCUUACUCAGGUCCUCAUGCUUAGUAAAAUGUGCACUUACCUGACUGUGCCACUGCCUGGCCCCCUGACUCAGGCUUAUAAACAGACAUGUAUAGAUGGUCCAGUAAUACUGCAACAUCUUUGAAAUUUCUUUGCCCUUGAAAUUAUUUUUAAUGUAUAUACUCUCACAAAAGAGUCAGACACUUAAGGAUUAUUAGUUUCUCUCUUUCCCUCUUUUGAAUAACAGAUACAUGAAUUCUGAACUCAAGGAAAAUAAGUUUUAAGAUUUAAUUUUUUUUAUUUUUCCUUUUUUGUUGCCCUUUUUUAUUGUUGUUGUAGUUAUUGUUGUUAUUGAUGUCAUCAUUGUUGGAAAGGACAGAGAGAAAUGGAAAGAGGAGGGGAAGACAGAGACGGAGAAAGAUAAGACAUCUGCAGACCUGCUUCAUUGCCUGCGAAGCGACUCCCUUGCAGGUGGGGAGCCGGGGGCUCAAACCGGGAUCCUUAUGCCGGUCCUUGCACUUUGUGCCACCUGCGCUUAACCCGCUGUGCUACUGCCCUAAUCCCCCCUCCCCCCUUUUAUCUCUAGGAGGGUUAUCGCUAGGACUUGGUCCCAGAACUAUGAAUCCACUGUACCUGGCAGUCAUUCCACCCCCCCUCCCCAUUUCAUUGGAUAGGACAGAGAGCAACUGAGUGAGGAGGGAGAGAUAGAGAGGGAGAGAGACAACUGCCAACCUGCUUUGCAGCUGGUAAGGCUUCCCCCUGCAACUUGGGGGGGGGCCUCGAACCCAGAUCCUUGUGUGGGUCCUUACAUUUAGUACUCAACCCUAAAAUUCAACAGUCAUGCAUCUGAAGAACACAAAAACACUAACCUGAAAAAAACCCCAUAAAUGUGGGUAUUCAUUUCUGUGCUUUUCCUAUGGAAUUAAGGCAAGUGCACAAUGAUAGAGAAAAUGAAUAAAAAAGAUGUGGUCAAGAUAUACAAUGGAAUCCCACUCAGCUGUAACGGAGGGUACUGCCUUGUCUUUUGCUGCAGCAUGGGUGGAGUGGAAGGAGGUCCGGCUAAGUGAGCUAAGUCACAAGGAGGAAAGGUAUUGUCUCACUCAUAGGUGGAGUCUAAAGGGACAAAACAAGGGGACUGACAGAAACAAGGAACUCUGAGAUUUGUAGGGCACACUGAAGUUGUUAAAGGAGAAAAGGGAGGGGGGUGAAAGUGGAAAAGCGGGUUGUGGAGGAGGGAUUUGGUCGCCUUGGUUGCUGGGUGGUGUGGUGACUUUUAAUUGGAAGAGAAGUUUUACUCCUAAAAAAUGCAGUCAUGUAAACCAAAUGUUACUGCGAAACACAAGUAAUACAAUGUCAAAAUUAAAAUGUU